ACAUCUUUCAUAAUAUUCGAUUCAUCACAAACUAUUUGAGAGAAAGGACGAGAAAGAUGUCGAAAAUGUGGCGAACCAUUCCAUGUCAUAUCUCAGAAUUACGUUUGGAUAUCACCCUUGCCUGCGGACAAAGCUUUAGAUGGAAGGAGAUCGAACCAGGAACAUGGAGGAGUGUUCUUGCAGGUAGCGUCUGGACUCUGAAGCAGACUGAUACUCACAUCUCGUACCAAAUUCACAAUCCAAGCACACACCAAGAGGUAAAGGCAUGUGGUAAGAGUGGUGAUGAGCUCAGGGUCCAGUCCCACAAGAAGAAGAAGCGAGGAGCUGCUCCGAAUCAAGACUGCGAGAGCAAGAAGAGGCAAAAAAUGACAUUGAAUGGUGGAGGAGACGAGUGUGGGGUUGUCAAAGGGGCAGAGGAGGAUGACAAGUCCUCUAGCGCCAUUUUGCGGGAUUACCUCCAGCUCGAAGUAAACCUCGGAGAGCUCUACAGCCAGUGGCAGAAAGCAGACAAGAACUUCUCCAAGGUGUCCGAGAGUUUCCCCGGAGUUCGUAUCCUGAGACAGGACCCUGUGGAGAACCUGGUGUCCUUCAUCUGCUCAUCUAAUAACAAUAUAGCAAGGAUCACUGGAAUGGUGGAAAAAUUGUGCCAGCAAUAUGGAGAUGAGGUGGCAGUAUUAGAUGGUGUUUCAUGGCACUCUUUCCCUUCCCUGGUGGCUCUGAGUGCCAAGGGUGUCGAGGACACACUGAGGAAGAUGGGGUUUGGAUACAGAGCAAAGUUCAUCAGUCAGUCGGCUCGGAUGGUGACCGGGGACCUUGGAGGUGAAGAAUGGUUGAGGGGUCUAAGAGACCAACCCUAUCAAGAGGCUCACCCUGAACUGAUGAAACUUCCCGGUGUUGGGGCAAAGGUUGCAGAUUGCGUUUGUUUGAUGUCCUUGGACAAGAGAGGGGCUAUACCGGUAGACACCCAUGUCUGGCAGAUAGCGUCCAGGGAUUACAUACACACACUACAGAAGACCAAGACACUGACGGACCGCACCUAUCGUCAGAUCGGAGACUUCUUCAGGGAGCUGUUUGGUGAAUAUGCCGGCUGGGCACACUCGGUCCUAUUCAGUGCCGAUCUUAAGAAAUUCCAAAAAUCACCCAGCACUAAACCAGAGGGUAGAAAGAGUAAAAAGGAACAGCAAAACAAGAGGAAAAUUCAGAUGAAAGAGUCACCGGUCAGUCAUUCGGUCAGAUGACAUAAUUCUUCAUCAGCUCUUGUGCCAUGUCAUCUCAUCUCUGCCGAUAUGGAGUUCAGUUGUGUUCUUGUAAAUCCUAGGCCUUCAUGAGAAAUCACCUAUUUAGUAUUGACUUUCAGCCUUGGUGACUAUACCAUUUAACUCUAUUUAAGUCUUGCACUUUUCAAACAUUGCAAUGUGUCUAAAUCAGGAUACAUUAUCAAAAGCUAGCCUUUUGUUUUCUGUACCCAGAUGGGCCAGAUCUGUAAAUAUUAGAUUUUGUUGUAAUAAAGUUUUUAUGAACGGUA